AUGGCCGCGUUUGCGGCGGGCGAUCGUGUCGCCUACCAGAACGAACAGGGGAGAUUGCUGCAUGGCACCGUGCGCUUCGUCGGAACGACCUUUACACCUGGCGAUUGGCUCGGGUUGGAGUUGGAUGAGAAGGCAGGCAAAAACGAUGGCUCCUUCAGGGGGAAGGCGUACUUUCAGUGUGAGCCAGAGUACGGCUUGUUCGUCCUCUCCAAUUCCUGGUCACUGCGCAAGUUGGAGGUCCGAGACUCUUCAUCCCCCGCUCCGGCAGUCCUCCGAAAUCCUGGAAUUCUCCCGGCAGCCUCCAAACCGGACCUACGAGUCGAGGCCGGCCUGAAGAGCCCAGAGGAGAAGGCACAUGCCAGCUUCGCCUCGGAGUUGGAUGCCCUGCACCGGCUCCUUUGCAACAAGGUCCUUGAGGUGUCGGCCUCCCUGGAAAAUCUCCAGGUGCAUGUCACGGAGCAGACCCAGAAGAAGGUGGAGCGCGUGGGGGAAGAGCUGGAAGAACGAAUGAUGAAGAUGCUCGAGAAGGCUGCGGAGCGCUUCUCCGGCGCCCUGCAUGCCCAGCUCUUUCAGGAGGCCGGCACCGAGAAAGGGCGUGCGUCCAAGGAAGAGAAGGAGCCUGGCGAGAACAAAGGCAAACAGCAGCCGGACUCGGAGGGCGAUGCCAACAAGGACAAGGGGCAUCCGCCGAAGGAAUCGCUCCGCAAGAAGUUUGGCCUUGCCGACGGUGGCUACGACGAACGUGUCGCCGCAUUGGAGGAUGCCGCCAACACAGAAGCAAAGUACGCGAAGGCGCUGGAGCUGUCUGGCGGAGAGCAAGCACUUCGAAAGUACACGCAAAUGAGCGAGGAGCUGCAGAAGAAGUACGGCCUCCACGAAGCGCACCGGGCGCUGCUCCCGCCCGGCGAGCGCAACGCCCGCAGCAUUAAGGUGAACUUCCAGCCAUUCUUCCGAACGCUGCCCGAGCUCUUCCAGUUUGCCGAAGAGGAGAAGCACCACUUCUUCGACCUGGUCAAGAAGGUGGCCAAGGCCACGAACGGGACCUACGCGGAGCCGCCGCUGAAAGGAGAAGAGCGCUGCAUCUCCAAAGCGAAGUUCAAGUAUGUGGACAGCGCCGGCAGGGUCGAAUGGCACCGGCUCACGGACAUCGUGCGUGACACCCUCAUCUUCGAGAAUUUGACAGACAUGUACGCGGGCCUUCAGCUGAUCGAGCAGGACCGAAGCGUGGAGAUCGUGGAGCUGAACGACAGGUUCCAGAAGAGCCUGGACGGCGGCUACCGCGACCUCCAGCUCACGGUUCGCGUAGGGAGCGGGCUCAUGUGCGAGCUGCAGAUGAAUACGAAGUUCUUCCUCUACGUGAAGGAGACGAGCGGCCACCGUACCUUUGAGGUCAAGCGCCAGUUGGUGGCCGACGUCACAGCCAAUGACACGGGCGGUACUACUAAGACUCUGGAGUGGGCUGCCAAGCAACCAGAGGCUCUGCAGGAUGUCUUGGCUGAGCGCAAGUCGCCCCUGCUGCACGUCGCGGCCGCGAAGGGAAACUCUGACCUGGUGAGCCUGUUCCUCCAGCGCCGCGCCGAUGUCAACCUGACAGAGGACAAGACUGGGCGAACCGCCUUGCAUGAGGCGAUGUACCAAGGCCGCUCUUGCGCCGCGUGGGCGCUGAUCACGGCCGGUGCUGAACUAGAUACAAAGGACACUGAGCACCACACGGCUCUGACACUCGGCCGUCUCGUGCAAAGAAUGUUCCCUGAGAGCGAGCCGGUUGCAAGGUGCGUGUGCAUGCUGUCACAAAGGAUGGGCGUGCAGGAGCUGCAGCUCUCGACAAAGGCCUUCGAAGAGGAGGUGCGCCGCCGGCUGAUGAACAGCUCCGAGUUGGUGACGCUGGCGUUCGACGGCGACGAGGCCAAGGUCCUCGAGAAGCUCCGGGACUGGAAAGACCCCGAGAGCCAGAACACGGAGGGCCAGCGGCCCUUGCACCAGGCUCUUGCGAGAGGCCACCUGAAGGUGGCAAGGCACCUGAUGCUCUACAAGGCCGAUGUUUGGCAGAAGGCGAACGGCCGAACCGCGGUUUCCGUGGCGCUGGAGCACCCCGAUGGCCUGCAGCUCCUCAUCGACGCGCACAAGGAUGAUGAGGACGCUUCCGACCUGAUGUCAGGAAGCAGCGAGGCCCUCUUCCGCGCCGCGCAAAAGCUGAAGGAGAUGCGGGAGGCUGCGCAGCCGGAUGCUGACGACCAGGGCGGCGUGCCGGCGCUGCACCUGGCCGCCGCCACGGGCGACGUGGAAGUCCUCAGGGAGCUGCUGGACAAGGGCCAGGACAAGGAUGCCAAGGACCACAAAGGUGUGGAGCUCAGCUUCCGGCGCACGCUCCACCCAUGUCCGCGACAAGCGCUCCGAGGCUACACGGCCCUGAUGGUGGCUGCCAGGCAUGGCAGGGUGGAGUGCUUCACGGAGCUGCUCCAGCGCGACGCGGACAAGGAGGCCCGUGACGAAGAUGGCCGGACGGCGCUGAUGCUCGCUGCCGAUUGUGGCAAGCGAGACUGCCUGGAAGCGCUCCUGCAAGCGGGAGCGGACAAGGAGGCCCGUGACGAAGAUGGCCGGACGGCGCUGAUGCUCGCUGCCCAGUUUGGCCACCGAGACUGCCUGGGAGCGCUCCUGCAAGCGGGAGCGGACAAGGAGGCCCAUAACCAGUGGGGCCGGACGGCGCUGAUGCUCGCUGCCUUUAAUGGCAAGCGAGACUGCCUGGAAGCGCUCCUGCAAGCGGGAGCGGACAAGGAGGCCCGUUGCGAACGUGGCCGGACGGCGCUGAUGCUCGCUGCCUUUAAUGGCAAGCGAGACUGCCUGGAAGCGCUCCUGCAAGCGGGAGCGGACAAGUCGUACACCCGACGCCGCGGGAUCCUCCUUUUCGUGGUUGACAGCGUUUCUGCAUGCGUGGUCGGGAUUGAGCCGGGGAGAGGCAAGACGGCGCUGGAUGAGGCGGCUGACGAGGAGUGCAGGCAGAUCCUGAGGCCGGCGCUGCACCGGGCUGCCGCCGCGGGCGACCUGGCGGCCCUCAAAGAGCUGCUGGACCAGGGACAGGACAAGGAGGCCCGUGGCGAACAUGGCCGGACGGCACUGAUGCUCGCUGCCUAUUUUGGCCAGCGAGAAGGCCUGGAAGCGCUCCUGCAAGCGGGAGCGGACAAGGCCCGCGCCGGCGUGCCGGUGUUUGCGCGGGGGGGAAGGGGGGAAGGGGUUGUGGAAGCUGACAGCUUCAGCUGCCGGAGACAUUUUCCACGCUCCCUUUCUGCCGGAAUCCCGCAACCCCAGCUUGACCGCAGCAUAAAUGCACCAGUAAGCUGGAAGUGGAUGUUGAGUCAGGCCGGGGCGAAACCCUGCAACCCCGGUCCUGCCAGUGCAAUCCUCCUGAGAGCAUUCUGUGAAAUCUGGGCCAGGCAAGCACACACACUUUUUCCAUACCAGUUGGACAAUUUGGAGAACUUCUCAUCGCAAGCAGGGCUGCAGUUUUGCAUUUUCGAGCACAUCCUUGUCUGUAAAGGACUUGACUUGGCUGGUACAACCCUGAAUCGCUUCAAACUGGAUUGGGAGCCCCUCAUGUUGCGCAGCCACCCGGACCUGGGAUAUGCCCCCCCAAUGACAGACGAAAAUGACUGGCCAUGCAGUCUCCAGCGGAUCCACGUUUGGGGGUUCUGA